CCACCACUCUGAGCCCUAGUCCUUCCACCCUCUUCCUCUACGACAGCAAAGCAUUAUGGAACACGAAGUAGACGGGUGGAUUGCGCAGCUAAGUCAGUGCAAACAACUCUCAGAAGCCGACGUCAAGCGGCUUUGCGACAAGACGCGCGAGAUCCUCAUGGAGGAGUCGAAUGUGCAGCCUGUGAGAUGUCCGGUGACGGUUUGCGGGGAUAUUCAUGGCCAAUUCCAUGAUCUGUCAGAAUUGUUCCGCAUCGGCGGCAACUCUCCCGACACCAACUACCUCUUCAUGGGUGAUUACGUUGACCGAGGGUACUACUCUGUCGAGACCGUCACCCUCCUUGUUGCCCUCAAGCUCAGGUACCGCGACCGAGUAACAAUUCUGCGCGGAAACCACGAAUCGCGACAGAUCACGCAAGUGUACGGCUUCUACGACGAAUGUCUCCGGAAGUACGGCAACGCGAACGUAUGGAGAUACUUCACCGACCUCUUCGACUACCUCCCCCUUACCGCACUCAUCGAAAAUCAAAUAUUCUGUCUUCAUGGUGGACUCUCACCAUCCAUUGAUACCCUUGACCACGUUCGCGGCAUCGACCGUGUGCAAGAGGUGCCCCACGAGGGACCCAUGUGUGACCUCCUUUGGUCUGACCCUGACGACCGGUGCGGCUGGGGUAUCUCACCUCGCGGUGCGGGGUACACAUUCGGCCAAGACAUCAGCGAGGCAUUCAACCACAAUAACGGCCUCACCCUCGUCGCGCGGGCGCACCAACUUGUUAUGGAGGGCUACAACUGGGGCCAAGAUAGGAACGUCGUGACGAUAUUCUCUGCGCCCAACUACUGUUACCGCUGCGGCAACCAAGCGGCGAUCAUGGAGAUUGACGAAAAAUUAUCCUACAGCUUCCUACAGUUCGACCCUGCUCCCCGAGCAGGCGAGCCGCUUGUCACGCGUCGUGUCCCGGAUUACUUCCUCUGAUCUGCUGCCAGUCAUCCAGCUUCCUCCUGUUUGCACCGCCUCGUGUCUUUAGUACAGUACUUAUCGUACGUCAGUACUUUGUAGCUCACCCCGUCAGGACGCUCCCGAUCGCAAAGAUGAUACCUUUCCCGUGUACAUUCGAACAUAUAAACUGCAGACGUGCUU